CUCGGAUUCCUCCGUAAGAUAGGCUUAUGAAAUAAAUCGUCUGCUGAUCCAGAGUGCAAUAAAUGGCGGAGUUCGCGGACAUUGGACAGUUGAUUCUAGAUGAUUUGAACACAGAAUACCCCGAAAUUUACUCAUUAAAUGAACGUAACCCAGAGGGACAUGCACACACAGGCACUGAGUUAAAUUGGAAACUGAAUCAUCUGGAAGCCGCCAUAUACCUUCAAGAGGGUGAGAACAACGACAAGUUCUUCACACAUCCGGCAAGCCACGAGGCCCUUCCUGGGUACCAGAUUGCCCACAACACAUGGUUGUAUGUGCUGGAUUUGUUCGCCUCAGUGUCCAUCCUACUUCUGGCGGCAUGUGAGAGACCAGCUGUAGAUCUGUUCAUGUUGCCUGUAGGGGUGCAUGGUUCCUUGGAGAUCUUGAUGCUGCUGUUGCUUCCACUUGAGCUGGGCAUCAGAAUGACGUGGCUAGGCUGGCGUGUGCUCAUUAGGCAUCCAAGAACUGUCAUUAAGACAUCCAUGCUGCUAAUCAUGUUAGUAGAGGCAAUCACAGUGAUAUGCAGACAGACCAAUCAUUUCCGUGUGACUCGUGCACUACGACCCAUAUUCCUUCUCAAUACACACUACUGCAGAGGUGUAAGAAGAAUUGCCAGACAGACACUUCAGUCACUGCCACCCAUAAUUGACAUGCUGGUGCUAUUGCUGUUCAUUAUGCUCAUAUUCUCUAUUCUCGGUUUUUAUCUGUUUUCAACAAUCCCUGCAAAUCCAUAUUUUGCAUCAUUGAAGGACAGUUUUGUAAGCUUGUUUAUUCUGCUGACAACUGCCAAUUAUCCAGAUGUUAUGAUGCCAGCCUAUUCUACAAACCAAUUUUCUGCAUUAUUCUUCAUUACCUACCUGUCUAUUGAGCUCUACUUUGUCAUGAACUUGUUCCUUGCGGUGGUUUAUGACACAUUCUCUGGCUUUGAAAAGGAGAAACUUAAGAACUUAUUUCUUCACAAACGAGAGGGCUGUAGACGCGCUUUCAAACUUUUGGUCACAAAAGAGGACCCACAUUGCAUACGACUGGACUCAUUCAUGAGUUUGCUGGCGCAUUUCAGGCCAAAACUCAAAAGAAAAGAGGGCUAUCUGAUGUUUAAAGCAUUAAAUACACAAAAGAAUGGAAAGCUCAGUCUAGAAGAGUUCUACAAUAUCUAUAACAUUUGCGAUUUGGCAUGGAAGCCAAAAAGUAUGGUAGAUAAACUGUGGUCAGCAGAUUUCUGCCAUCCGUUCAACACAUAUUUUGAGAAGCUGAAUAAAUUUGUGACCUGGAAAUGGUUUGAAAUAUUUGUAUACCUGAUGAUCUUUGCCAAUUUCAUAUCCAUGAUUGUUGAGACCAUACAGGUGAACAUGCAGGGAGGACCUGUCAGCAGAAACAACUUCACAAUUUCUGAUGUCUCAAUAGCUUUCAUUUGCAUAUACACUUUGGAAGUCAUCCUUAAAGUAAUGGGCAAAGGUCCUGUGGAAUAUUUUACUAACCCUUGGGACAUAUUUGACUUCCUGGUUACAAUGGCCAGUUUGGCUGGUAUAAUUGGGGAGACAGUUGCAGACAGUUUCUACUAUAUCAUUAUCUUGCGACCAUUACGUUUGCUCAGGUUAUUCAAGAUCAAGAAGCGGUACAGAGAUGUGCUCGGUACAUUCUUCAUGCUCAUAUGGAGACUCUCUAGCCUGGUUGUGAUGAUCAUUCUGGUCUACUAUUUCUUCGCGAUCAUUGCCAUGGAGAUGUUCAGGAACUCAGAUCUCACCAACUGCUGCAAGAACACCAGCGUGGAGGCCAAUUAUGCCCACAGCAAUACCUCGGCCGGAUUCUACUACCUCAACAACUUCAGUAACAUCUUUAUAUCUGGUGUUACAUUAUUUGAAUUGACAGUGGUGAACAACUGGUAUGUUAUAAUGGAGGGCUAUGCACAUGGCUUUAGUGAAUGGACGCGAAUCUACUUUAUGACAUUCUACAUUGUGAUGAUGGUGGUCAUGAAUAUCGUUGUGGCAUUUGUAUUGGAGUUGUUCUUGUUUCGAAUUGCAUACAGAAGGACAAUGAAGCUGGAAGAUAUUGAUGAUCACUUAAAGCUCAGUGUGGAUCUGCCACUGAGUGCAGAUGAGCUGGAGAUGUGUGAGAAUGGGAACCAAGAACUGAACGAGAACCACAUCAUCAGUCAGUGUAACACCACGGACAUUCCAGUAAGAGUAGCUGGUCCAUUUCUGACUCCGUUCAUGUAUCGAGGUCAGAGGAGUCGAAGCAAGCAGGACUUCAGCCUCAGGAUGUAUAAGGAGGAGGUCGAGGAGUGGAUUCAGGAAGAUCAGAAAGAAAGGGAGAGAAUCAUUCAGGAUCUGGAACUGCUACGAAGGCAUAGCACACGCCAUCAGUGAAUUUGUCGGGAAACAGGACUGUAUGACCGUUAUUUGAAGGGCUUUAAUCUUGCCAUGAAAGAACAAUGUCUUGAAAAUGGCCUUUUAUCAUAUCAGUAUUAUGUUUAAGACAUGCUAUGUACUUAGUGCUGCAAUGUGUUAGUUGUUUGGGACUAGUGAAAAAGUGUUGCCAUUCUGUAUCAAGGUGGGUUCCCACUGCCUAUCCGAUCAACGCGAUCAUCCUGAUCACAAAAAAUUCCCGACCAAACCCGCCCAAGCUCUACUAAAAAGGGUAUACACCACUUCUUCUCGACCUCUUGUCGAUAACAUACGACCCCCACACGACUCAUUCACGACGUUCAAUCAACCAUCUUUCCGAUUUCCGCUCGAUCAUCUCGACCUAUACACGAGCCCUAUACGAUCUCAGCUCGACCAAGUGGACCUCAGCUCGAUCGCAACCAGAUCUUCACACGACCAGAUGGUGAUGGUCGUACUACAGUUGUACAAAGUCGCGAACGGUCGUGUAUUGAAACUUUGAGAAUAAACACUUCAAACAUUCUUGUUCACUUAUCACCUAAAUCAUCAUGGAUUUUUUUACUAGUUUUAGCAGUAUCAGUAGCCUUUUUGCCAUUUCUUUGCAACUUUGAAUGUUUACUCUUCUGAUUCUAAGAAGGUUAUGAGAGACAAGCACGACGUUUUGCACGUGAGUUUUGUUUUAGGGACAUGAGCUCUUGUAUGGUCGAAUAGCUGUAUGGUCCAAUAGCAAACGAGAAGUGAUCGUGUACGGUCGAGUAGCCGUCGGGUAGCAGUCUAGUAAAUCUGUACAUCAAAUUGAAUAGAGGUCAAGUUGAUCGUGUUGCGAUCUAAAAUAACUUGGGUAGAGGUCGAGCGGAUCGGGUAGAGAUUGUUUAAAAGAUGUCAAUCCGAUCGCCACACGAUUGCUUCACGAUCAACUCGAUCUUCUACUCGACUAAUACACGACCAUUUUCUGAGCGCUUCUCGAUCCCUUUCCUACUCGACCGCUACUCGAUAUUUUUUGACAUGUCAAAAAAUAUCUGGUAGGAAGCCUGACUAAUGCCGACCUACCCGACUGCCCCAGAUCACUCAUGCCGACCGAACCAAACCAGUACCCGACCGCUUGGUCGGGCUUGAUCGAGUUGAUCUGAUUGGCAGUGGGAACACAGCUUCAGUCUUCUGUUUAUUAUAUAGAAUUAUUUUUUUAAGAACAGGCUGUGACUUGUUAUUUUUACAUGUGUAUAUCAACUUGUGUUUUGGGGAUUUCAAAGCACAGUGAAAAAAAUCUUGCCAUUUGCCAAAAAAAAUUCUAUUUUAAUUAUGUUGUUCUUAUGUUGUUCUUCUGAAUGGCAUACAUUUGAUAGAAAGAAGUAUAGGUUAACAAUAAAAUAUUAUUUUUUUACUUAAAUAUGUAUCCAAUAUUGAAUUUAAUCAAACAUUUAAUUGUAAGUUUCUUUCUUUGCCCAUUGUUUCUAAUAAUAUGAAUGUUUAUCAGGCUCAUUUUUAUUAUGAAAGUUAUAUUAUUAUUUUUUUGUUAAUUAAAUUGAAUUGCACUUUUUUUAACAGUGAAUUUUCGUUACCUUAUAAUUGUAAGUAUAGACUUAGAUAGUAAAAAAUAAACUUGUUUGAAACAAGAACAUCCAGAUUUAUAAUAUUUAAUAUGUAGCAUUUAGUUAUAUUUAGACUUAAUAACUAUAAGUAACACACCCAGCGAGUCGAUUCAUUUAUAUAAAGACUUAUCAACUACACCACAAGAAGUCAAUUUAUUUACAUGUAGACUACACCCAGAAAGUCAAUGUAUUUAUAUAUAGACUUACAUACUACAUCCAAAGGGAGUCAAUUUAUUAAUUUAUAUACUUAUAAACUACAUCCCCACAGAGUCAAUUAUUGAUAUAGAGACAUGUAAACUACAUCCCCAAUGAGUCCAUUUAUUUAUAUAUAAACUACACCUCAGGGAGUCAAUUAAUGUAUAUAUAGGCUUUUAAACUAGUAGCAAAAUAAAUUAAAAACUGCUUUUCUGUUAUACAAGACCCAAAGAUUUAAUAUUUGAUCUAACAUUGUAGUUCUCUACAAACGUUGUGUUGACAAUGCCCCAGAGGACAAAACUGGCCAAGUUCCUAGGGUACAAUUUUGUAUAGUGACAACUUGUUGUCUUUAACCCUUACAGUGCGGGAACUGAAUUUUGAAGGCCUUUGCAAACAGUUUGGAUCCAGAUGAGACGCCACAGAACGUGGCGUCUCAUCUGGAUCCAAACUGUUUGCUAUUCUGAUAAUAUUCUUUGAAAAAAAUCGAAGAAAAUGCUAAUUUUAGAAAUUCUGCAGACGACUUUUUAGCAGACGACAAAUUUCCCAGCAUGCAAAGGGUUAACAGUGUUGCAGUAGUGACAGGGUCUAGUUUUCAUUUUGAACACUUCGUUUCUGUGAUAGAUAUUGUUCAUCUCUUGUGUUCCAUUGUUGUGUAAGUUAUUGUAAAAUUCUUUUAAAAUAAGAUAUCUAUUAUGUGAUUAUUUACUUAAUGAUAAAUAUGAGAUAAUAAAUAUUAUAUUGAACGUAUGUUAUAUCACACUGAAUUUAAUGAAAAGUAUACCAAUUGUAUGUUUUCAUAAUGAAUGGUCAUGAUUCCAGUAAUUAAUGUUAUUGGUACCGGUAUUUAGUAAAAUAUGCAGCGCACAGUACUAAAACAAGAGUUUUUUUCUGAAUACUUUUCCAUGGCUACUUUUCUACUAGUCUCCAUUACUCUUGCAUUCCUGAUUCUCUUUAAGUCUAAAUAAAGUUUAUGGUUAGACUAUUUUAGCUAAAGUGCUGAAUAAUGUUAUAUGCUUUUAACUUGUAAAAAAUAAUUAUAUAACUUACAGAACAUUAGGUCGUCACUGUAAUAAUAUACCGGUACUGUGAUGUUCUAUAUGAAAAGAUAUAAGCAUUAAUGUCUGCAUUUAAAUGACUUAUUUCAAAUAUUGUUAUGUAAUGAUGACUUCUUGUUGUUUCAUCAUUAAUACACGUGAUGCGUAUGUAAAUGAGUUACUGACUAAAAUCCGGAUGUAUUUUGAAUAAAAUUGAAUUCAAUUUCGCUUGUCUGUGUCAAUAUGUGUGUAAGUUGAAAAGUUGUUCUCAUCAAACAUGUUAAUUAUCAACUACUUCAAGAAAAGUGUUUCAUGUUUCAUAAAUAUAUAUAUACAUAUAUGUUUUGUUUUUCAUUACACUGUAUGCGCCUGUUAGCGCAUAUAUGUUCUCUAUUAAUUGUUAUUAAUAUUCUCUAUCAGUUGUAAUUUCGACUAUUUUAUGUUUUUUACUCAAUAAAACUUCAAUUUUUUAUGCUCCCCUAAAAAAAUUUGGGUUGAACAUAUAGACACUGCUUUGUCUGUCCGUCCGUCCGCAUGUCCGUCCGUGCACAAUUUUUGUCCGGGCUAUUUCUCAGCAACUAAUGACUGAAUUCAAUGAAACUUUAUGGGAAGCUUCACUACCAAGAGAUGUGAAUAUUAUCAGCGGGUUCUGGUCGGAUGAUUUUUCACAGAGUUAUGGCCCUUUGAAAUUUUCCAUUAACUGUACAUAUAGUGCAAUUCUUGUCCUGGCUAUUUCUCAGCAAUUAAUGACCGGAAUUCAAUUAAACUUUAUGGGAAGCUUCACUACCAAGAGGAGAUGUGCAUAUUAUCAGCCGGUUCUGGUGGGAUGAUUUUUCAAAGAGUAAUGGCCCUUUGAAAUUUUCCAUUAACUGUACAUAUAGUGAAAUUCUUGUCCAGGCUAUUUCUCAGCAACUAAUGACCGGAAUUCAAUGAAAAUUUAUGGGAAGCUUCACUAUCAAGAGCAGAUGUGCAUAUUAUCAGCCGGUUCUCGUCGGAUGAUUUUUCACAGAGUUAUGGCCCUUUGAAAUUUUCCAUUGUACAUAUAGUGCAAUUUUUGUCCGAGCUAUUUCUCUGCAACUUAUUACUGGAAUUCAAUGAAACUUUAUGGGAAGCUUCACUAUCAAGAGGAGAUGUGCAUUGUAUUAGCCUGUUCUCGUCGGAUGAUUUUUACAGAGUUAUGGCCCUUGGAAAUUUUCCAUUGUACAUAUAGUGCAAUUCAUAUCCGAGCUAUUUUUUAGCAACUUAUUACGGGAAUUCAAUGAAACUUUAUGGGAAGCUUCACUACCAACAGGAGAUGUUCAUAUUAUCAGCCUGUUCUCAUCGGAUGUUUUUUCACAGAGUUAUGGCCCUUUGCAAUUUUCCAUUAACUGUACAUAUAGUGCAAUUCUUGUCCGGGCUAUUUCUCAGCAACUUAUGACCGGAAUUCAAUGAAACUUUAUGGGUAGCUUCACUACCAAGAGCAGAUGUGCAUAUUCUCAGCCGGUUCUGGUCGGAUGAUUUUUCACAGAGUAAUGGCCCUUUGAAAUUUUCUAUUGUACAUAUAGUGCAAUUCUUGUCCGAGCUAUUUCUCAGCAACGUAUUACGGGAAUUCAAUGAAACUUUAUGGGAAGCUUCACUACCAACAGGAGAUGUGCAUAUUAUCAGCCGGUUAUGGUCGGAUGAUUUUUCACAGAGUUAUGGCCCUUUGAAAUUUUCUAUAAACUGUUCAUAUAGUACAAUUCUUGUCCGGGCUAUUUCUCCCCAACUACUGACUGGAAUACAAUGAAACUUUAGGGGAAGCUUAACUACCUUGAGGAGAUGCGCAUGUUAUUAGUGGGUUCUGGUUAGAUGAUUUAUUUAGAGAGUUAUUGCCCUUUUACAAUUUUUAGUUGCUAAACCAUCCAUCGUAUUAUUUUGUCCAAAGUUAUGCCCCUCAAGACGUUUCCUUUUAUCUGAACAUAUAGUGCAAUAUUGUGGAAAAAAAAACCUUUGGGGAGCAACACCCGUCUCUGACGGUUGCUUGUUUUAUAUAUAUUAUAUGUUAUCUUUGCUGUCUCUAACCUUUUCAUGUUUCCAUGUCAUUGUCAAACAUCUUAUGUAUUGUACCAUACAUUUGUUGAUGUUUCCAAAAGUUUUAAUCGUAUAAAAAUGUGUACUUUUAAUAGAUGUCAUAAUAUUGUUUCAUACAAUUGAGUGGUUUUGAAAAUAAGAAAAGGUAGGUAAUAUAUAUUUUAUCACCAAUUGGUGUACGUUUUUUUUACAUAUUUGAUGCCUGUUAAGGUGUAUUUCUAGAGCAUAUGGUUUGGGGGAUCUUUUUCUGACUUGAUCAGUGUCAUAGUCUGUAAAACAAAUAUUUACAUGCCGUUUUGAAGUCUUAUCAGUUUGACUGAAUGUUUGCUUCAGUAAAUGCCUGAUUUUUAGACCCCCCAAUUCCACGUGAUGUCAGAUUGUCAGUUUGUUAGGAUCUUGAAUCAAAAGGACUUGUUCUCAAUUUGGAAAAUGAUAAUUUAAAAAAAUGUUUAACAGAUUUAAAAAGUAACAAGUAAUGCAUAUUAUAUUCAAACAAGCAGAUAAAAUCCUCUGACUAAGAAAAACAUAUGGGUUUUUUUUUUAUUGAAAAUCAUCAAUAAUAGUAGGCACACAAAUAAAGCGUUUAGUGUUGUCUUAUCGAGAGACUAAGCUUUUGCUUCUUGAGACUCGGGGGACCGGCAUAUUUUUUUAAUCUUGUUCAUUGUAUAAUUAUCUGAAAACUUUUCAAAAUAUGAUAGUUAUGUUAUUAAAUUAAUUGAAUGAUGUUGUUCGAAAAAAAAAUACAAAACUGUGAACAGGUUCCUUGAAACACAUUACAACUUAACACUUGAGUCAAUAGAAGCACAUGUAAAGUAAAAGGUCUAGUAUCGUGUGACCGAUAGAAGUAAAGGAAGAUGAUAAUUGAC